AACAAAUAUAUUUCCUAUUAUAACCCUAGGCUCCUCCACACUCCUAUACUCAAAACCCAUUGUUGCAUUAAAAAAAAAAAGAAAACAAAAAAGAAAAAAGAAAAAAAAAAAGGAAAAAAUGGCCACAGCUCCCAUGGCUAGCCAAUUGAGGAGCUCCUUCCUCUCUCCCACCACCACCACCACCACCACCUCUUCUAGGGUUUUGGUCACUCCCAGGGGCAUUUCUGGAAAUCCACUUAGGGAUCUUCACUCUAGGAGGAGGAGCUCUCUCACUGUUAGAGCUGUUGUUCCAGAGAAGCAAACUUAUCAAGUGAUCCAGCCCAUCAAUGGAGACCCAUUCAUUGGAAGCCUUGAGACCCCAAUCACAUCGAGCCCACUCAUCGCUUGGUACCUGUCCAACCUCCCGGCCUACCGGACCGCAGUGAGCCCGCUCCUCCGCGGCGUCGAGGUCGGCCUGGCCCACGGCUACCUCUUAGUCGGCCCGUUCGUAAUAACCGGCCCGCUCCGCAACACCCCCUACGCCGGCCAGGCCGGCUCGCUCGCCGCCGCCGGACUCGUCGUCAUCCUCAGCAUCUGCCUGACAAUGUACGGCAUCGCGUCGUUCAAGGAGGGGGAGCCGUCCGUCGCCCCCUCGCUGACGCUGACCGGCCGUAAGAAGGAGGCCGACAAGCUCCAGACGGCCGAGGGCUGGGCCCAAUUCUCCGGCGGGUUCUUCUUCGGCGGCAUUUCGGGGGUUAUCUGGGCCUACUUCCUCCUCUACGUCCUCGACCUCCCCUACUACAUUAAGUAGGGGGUACUUACGUUCUCUGCGUUAUCUGCAUUUAGCUCCCUCAAAACUUUUUUUAUUAUAUUAAUUGAUCCCGCAAAAAGUUUGAAUGCAGAAAUGACCCUACGCUCUUACGCAAGAUAUUUUGCGUUUCUGCAACUCAAAUUUGUUUGGGUUCAAUUAUAAAAUGAAAUGUUUUGAGGAGCCCAAAUGCAAUAAAAAAGCAAAAAAAAAAAAAAAGGAAUUUAACUUUGUGUUCAUUGCCCUGCUUGUAUUUGUAUGUUCUUAACUUGAAGAGAAGUACUCAUGUUGGUUUGUAUAUUUGGAAUGGAGAAUUUUAAUGGGAAAUAUCAAUUUUAUGAACUA